ACACCAGUUGAGCGAGCGAUCGAUGGCGGCGGCGAGUCAGGAGAUCGCUGAUCCAGCGACGGAAGCUACGGAAGACGCUUAUGCGAACGCAUCGAUGCAGACGUUCCUACCGCCGGAGUCGGAGGGGGAGGACGGUUGGGUCUGGUUGCAGAUAAAGGCGGAAACGCGGCGAGUGGCGGAAGAGGAGCCGGCGCUGGCAAGCUUCCUCUAUGCCACCGUCCUCUCGCAUUCCUCCCUCGUUCGUUGCCUCUCCUUCCACCUCGCCAACCUCCUUGGCUCCCCGACCCUCCUCUCCGCGCUUCUCUACGACCUCUUCGUCUGGGCCUUCUCCUCCGCGCCGCCGCUUCUCUCUGCAGCCGUCGACGACCUCCUCGCCGCCCGACGCCGAGACCCCGCCUGCCGCUCCUUCUCCCACUGCCUCCUCUACUACAAGGGAUUCCUCGCCCUGCAGGCCCACCGCGCCGCCCACCUCCUCUGGGCCGUCGGCCGCCGCCCGCUCGCGCUCGUCCUCCAGUCCCGCGUCGCCGACGUCUUCGGCGUCGACAUCCACCCCGCGGCCCGCGUCGGGCGCGGCGUCCUGCUCGACCACGCCACCGGGAUCGUCGUCUCCGAGACGGCCGUCAUCGGGAACCACGUGUCGAUACUCCACCACGUGACCCUCGGCGGCACCGGGAAGGCGGCCUGCGACCGGUGCCCUAAGGUCGGCGACGGCGUGCUCAUCGGCGCGGGGGCGACCGUACUGGGGAACGUGACGGUCGGGGAGGGGGCCAAGGUCGGGGCCAGCGCGGUGGUGCUCAUGGACGUGCCUGCGAGGGCCACCGCGGUAGGGAACCCGGCGAGGCUGAUCAACGGCGAUGACAGUCCGCCGGCGCACGAAGGUCACCAGAUGCUGGACUAUGACCACAAUAUAUGGUCAGACUACGUCAUCUAAUCCACCUCUAAAGCUAAUUGCAUGCUUAAUCACAUCAUUUGAAUCUUAAUUAAAUGUAUCUUCAAACAAUUUGUGUGAUUCAAUUUGGUUCUUAAACUCUUCCAAAUAAGUUCAUUCAAGCGAAUAUGUAUUUGUUUAGGUUUCUUGUUCAUUAAUUAGUUUAUCAUAUUUAGAUGUACUAC